AUGACUCAAAUAGAAAAUAAACCACCUGUUCUACCUAGAUUGCCUGUCCCACCUUUAGAGGAUACUUUGAAUCGUUAUAUUGAUCGUAUCGAACCUUUACAAGAUUCAAAGCAAAAUAAAAGAACUCGUCAUGUGGUCUUUUCUCCAGAUAAUUUGGAAAAAUUAAAGAUAUUACAUGAAAAACUGGUACAAUAUGAUAAUGAAUUAGCUCAAGAAAACCCAUAUUCAUCAUAUAUUGAACAAUUUUGGUAUGAUGCAUAUCUUUUAUACGAUGCUUCUGUAGUUUUAAAUGUUAAUCCAUUUUUCCAAUUGCAAGACGAUCCAACAUUAAAGGAUUCCUUUUCGCAUUCUAGGUCCCAAAAUGGCCCCUACGGGAUUCAUACUAUUCAAAUUAAAAGAGCCUCUAAAUUAGUUACUUCGAUGUUGAAGUUUAUACAACAAUUACGUCAAGGUGCUUUAAAAUCUGAUCUGGCUCGUGGUGGUGCACCACUAUCUAUGGAUCAAUACAACAAGUUGUUUGGCUCUGCAAGAAUCCCACCCGGUCCUGGCGAAAAUUCGUGUCAUUUGCAAACGGAUAGUUCAUCUCAUCAUGUUAUUGUGAUGUAUAAGCAGCAAUUCUACUGGUUUGAUGUACUUGAUAUAAAUAACCGACCAUUAUUUAAGACCCCUGAUGAAUUGGAAUGGAAUCUUUAUUCCAUUAUCAUGGAUGGUAAUGCUUCUUCCAACAACGAUACAGAAAAUAGAUUACCGUUUGGUGUCUUUACCACUGAGAGCAGACGUAUUUGGUCCAAUGUUAGAGACUAUAUUUAUCAAUCAAAGGAUAAGACGAAUUGGAAGAAUUUGAAACUGAUUGAUUCUGCAUUAUUUGUCAUCUGUUUGGAUGACGUCGCAUUCGAUGACACACCAGAAGGACAAACUGACUUAACUACUUCGCUGCUUUGUGGUACCUCAAAAGUUAAUUUAGAUUUCAAAUCCGCUGCUACACCGCUAAAUAUUCAAAGUGGUACCUGUUUGAAUAGAUGGUAUGAUAAAUUACAACUUAUUGUUACUUUGAAUGGUAAAGCUGGUUUUAAUUUCGAACACACUGGGGUAGAUGGCCAUACUGUAUUAAGACUAGCCACAGAUAUUUAUACAGAUUCUAUCCUAGGUUUCGCUCGUGGAGUUACAAAAAACGUAUUGGAUAUUUUUAACAGAAACAAUAAUGAACAAGCGUUGUCUUUGGUUAAUUCUGAUAAUAAUAAGCAAAGUACAAGCACUGAGAAGCUAGAAAAACAUAAUGUUAUUACGAUUCCAAGAAAGUUAGAAUGGCAAGUAGACCCCUUUUUAUUAUCAUCUCUACACUUUGCAGAAACUAAAAUCUCAGACCUAAUAUCACAAUAUGAAUUAGUCACAUUGGAUUUCACACAUUAUGGUGCAUCACAUAUUAAAAGACAAUUUAAGUGUUCUCCAGAUGCAUUCACUCAACAAAUUUUUCAAAUUGCCUACUAUGCAUUAUAUGGUAAAUUCGAGACCGUUUACGAACCUGCUAUGACUAAACUUUUCCAAAACGGUAGAACUGAAGCCAUAAGAUCAGUCACUUUAGCAUCCAAAAGAUUUGUUAAAUCUAUCUUUGAUCGUAAUGCUACAGAUGAUGAGAGAAAAAUAUACUUACAAGAAUCAUGUAAAGAGCACUCUCGUAUCACUAAAGAAUGCGCAGUGGGUCUCGGUCAGGACCGCCAUUUAUAUGCACUAUACUCUAUUUGGAAUGAAAUGUUUAAAGAUACUAUGCCAUUGCCAGGUAUCUUUCAGGAUAAAGCCUGGUCCAUCUUAAACACUUCAAUUAUAAGUACGUCUAACUGUGGUAAUCCAUGCUUAAAGAGUUUUGGUUUUGGCCCAGUAACUCCAAAUGGGUUUGGAAUUGGUUAUAUUAUUCGUGAUGAUUCGAUUACAUUAGUUGUGACAUCAAAACAUAGGCAAACUAAGAGAUUUGUGUCAUUGCUUGAAAAAUCAUUUUUAGAGAUCGAUCAUAUAUUUAACAGACAAAAUGAUACUGCAGGUACAACAGCAACCAGUCAAGGAAAGGAUAUUUUAAUGAGGAUUCAUAGGGGUAAUGUAGCAGGCACUCUGGAAGGAACUAACAAAUCAAAGGAUUUGACGUAUCUAUUGUCGGGUUAUGAUUACUUUGAUGUUUCUGUUACUGGAUAA